GAGCAGUUUUGAUGCUACAUUUACAUGGAAACUCUUCACAAAUGUUGCUAAAUAAUCAAGUCUGCUGAAAUCUCUUCUGAUUGAGCUGACAGAAACAUAAAAACAGGCCAAAUACAGGGAUGAAUGUAAAUGCGUGACUACAGGAGGAGCUCUGACAUCACUGUAGUUCAGUGAGAGACUCGGAGAAAGUGAAAGUGAAACUAACUUGAUCAACAACAACAUGAACAUCUGUAAACAUCAAGCUCUUUAAACAGAAUAUUGAGUCGUUCAGAGACCCUUGUGAACACAUCUGAUACUCACAGCAAUGUCAUCCUCCAUGAGUUCACUGUCUGAGGAGAUUCAGUGCUCUAUAUGUCUGGACGUGUUCACUGAUCCAGUCUCGACUCCAUGUGGACACAACUUCUGCAAGAUCUGUCUGAAUAAGUGCUGGGACAACAGCCAGACCUGCAGCUGUCCAUACUGUAAAGACACAUUCAAGCAAAGACCUGAUCUCAAGAUUAAUACCACACUCCGAGAGCUCGUAGAUCACUGUAAGAAGAAAAGUCCUGAGACUUUGAAAACAACUGAAGUUCUGUGUGACAUCUGUGAGGAAAGAAAGCUGAAAGCGCUGAAGUCGUGUCUGGUGUGUCAGAGCUCUUACUGUGAAACUCACCUGGAGCGUCAUUUGAGAGUGGCAGGUUUGAAGAAACACAAACUGAUGGAUCCUGUAAGUAAUAUGGAGGAUUAUAUAUGUCAGAAACAUGAGAGACCUCUGGAUCUGUUCUGUAGAGAUGAUCAGACACGUGUGUGUUCAGUCUGCACUGUGACAGACCACAAGAACCACAACACUGUUGCUAUAGAAGAGGACAGUGAAGAGAAGAAGACUGAACUGAUGAAGACACAGAAAGACGUGCAGCAGAUGAUCCAGAACAGAAUCAAGAAAAUUCAAGACAUCAAACACUCAGCAGAAGUCAGAAAAAGAUUUUAUACUGAACUGCUGGAGAUGAUGGAGGAGCAGCAGAAAGCAGCAGAGAAACAGGAGCAAGAGCUGAUUGAGGAGCUGGAGCAGGAGAUCACUGAGCUAAAGAUGAGAAACACUGAGUUGGAGCAGCUCUCACACACUGAAGAUCACCUCCACUUGCUACAGAUUCACUCAUCCCUGUGCAGCUCUAGAAACACCAGGAACUGGCCUGAGAUCAGUAUGAAGACUGAUGAGAGUCUGGAGACUCUGAGGCGAGAUCUGACUCAACUGAAGGACACUAUAGAGGAGAAACUCACACUAACUGAGCUGAAGUGGAUGCAGCAGUAUGCAGUGGAUGUGACUCUGGAUCAAGAUACAGCUAAUUCAUAUCUCAUCUUGUCUGAUGAUGGAAAACAAGUGAGAGAUGGAGACAUUAGACAGAAACUCCCAGACAAACCAGAGAGAUUUGAUCCAUGUGUCUGUGUCCUGGGAAAGGAGGGAUUCUCCUCAGGGAGAUUUUAUUUUGAGGUGCAGGUGAAGGGAAAGACUAAUUGGGAUUUAGGAGUGGCCAGAGAAUCCAUUAACAGGAAGGGACAGAUCUCACUGAGACCAAGAGAUGGAUACUGGACUGUGUUUCUGAGGAAUGGUGAUAAAUAUGAAGCCUGUGCUAGUCCUCGUGUCUCUCUGUCUCUGAGAGUGAAGCCGCAGCGGGUCGGUGUGUUUGUGGAUUAUGAAGAGGGUCUGGUUUCCUUUUAUGAUGUGGAGUCCAGCUCUCAUAUCUACUCUUUCACUGCUCAGACUUUCACUGAAAAGCUCUAUCCAUAUUUUAGCCCAUGCCCUAAUGAUGGAGGUAAAAACUCAAGCCCACUGAUCAUCACACCUGUCAGUUAUUAUAAAUGAAUUUACUCUCCUAACAAAUGCAAGAUUAAAAUAAUGAAUUCCAUAAUUAGAAUUCUGCAACAUUACAUCCUGCUAUUUUUUAGCAUUUGUUUUUCAGUUUUUAAAAUCUAAAUGUUCUUAUUACAUAUGUUUAAUGUUUUUUGUUCAGUAAAUGAUUUUUUGUUUAACUUUUCAUAAAUAUUCUUGGCUUUUUUUUUACCUGACAAAGUGAAAUUGCCAAAAAAAAAAAAAAAUAAUAAAAAAAAAAAUCUAUAAUAAUCUUAAUAAAUGUUUGUAGAAUUGAGAUGCACUGUGAUCGUUCUGUGGAGUGAGACAGCAGCAUCCAAUGCACAAUAAAUAUCACAUAACAUCACAAACGAAGGUCAUAACCCUUUUAAAACGUUUAUUUCAUAAUAUUAUACACACUAUUUUCAUAUUAUUUUAUAGCUUUUGUUGACCACAUGUAAAUUAGAAAAUAAUUAGGACAUAUUCUCUGCCAAUGUUACAAUUAUUCUUAAUAUGCCAAUAAAAUUUAAAACAGGCUUUCUCCAGGUCUUUGUCACUUCAUUAAAAUUAUGCAAAACAAAACGAAAACAAAUGUUUACUUUAUGACCAAUUAAAGUUUAAAAAAAAUUAUCGGUCGUGGUUUUUAGGUUUAUUUUGAAAAAAAAAUAUAUGGUCGCUCUUUACAAUUAUGGUUGCUGUUUUUCCCAAUAUAUUAUAUAAUCGUACGGGAAGACUAUAUAGUGAAAGGCAUCAUCAGUUGUGAGUGUCGUGUUGCUCUCUGUGUCCACUGGUGGUCAGUACACACCAGUUUCAUUUCUCUGUCAAUCUAUCACUUUGUAUAAAUCUGUUGCAUUAUAAAGCAUUUUC